AUGGCGGCACCAAUGGUCAGCGGAGUUGCUGCAGAAGUGCUGGGGGUGUCCCCGUGGAGUCUGCCGCAGCAAGUGGUGGAAGUUAUUGUGAGGGGAGGCAAAGGAGACCGGAGACAGUUGCAAAAGUCCCUCACUGGAAAGAGACUUAGUGCUGUGGGCGCGCUGCUGCUGGCCCGCCUGCUCUUCGCGUUCCCCAGCAGCCACCUGCUGCACCUCCAGCAGCAGCAGCAGCAGCAGCAGCAGCAGCAGCAGGGCGAGCGCCUGGAGGUUCGGCUGGAGACGGCGAAGCUCACCAGGGGCACUUUUAAGGCCCACCUCGUUCUCGUCUAUGCAAGACAUGCUGCUGCUGCUGCUGCAGCAAACCUGGCAGCAAACAGAAGGAGACUCGUCCAGCUUGUCUCCGUCAAAGUCCCCAUCACGCUCCACGUGGUCUAA